CUGGAUCUUGUAGGAGCUCUCCGGCCGGCGUCGCCGCCACCGCCGCCACUGGAUUUUCGCAACUGCCCCGCGCGCCCUGCCCCACUGCGGUCGGCAUCGUCUCGGGCUGCUCGGUUGGCCCCGCUCCCGCCGCCACCGCCUCGGCGCUCUUCCCCUGGCCCUCGUCCCCCCAAUGUCUGACUCUGAUUCCCGGACUGAGAAACGCAAGAAAAAAAGGCCAGAUGGCAAAGCAACCUUCAGAUGUAAGUUCUGAGUGUGACAGAGAAGGUGGACAAUUGCAGCCUGCUGAGAGGCCUCCUCAGCUCAGGCCUGGGGCCCCUACCUCGCUACACACAGAGCAGCAAGGUAAUCCUGAAGGCGAAGGGGACCGCUGCCCCCAAGGCAGCCCUCAGGGCCCGCUGGCCCCACCGGCCAGCCCUGGCCCUUUUGCUACCAGAUCCCCGUUUUUCAUCUUUGUGAGAAGAUCCUCCCUGCUGUCUCGAUCCUCCAGUGGGUAUUUCUCUUUUGACACAGACAGGAGCCCGGCACCCAUGAGUUGUGACAAAUCAACACAAACCCCAAGUCCUCCUUGCCAGGCCUUCAACCAUUAUCUCAGUGCAAUGGCUUCGAUGAGGCAGUCUCAGGCUGUUCCUGCAGAUAUGCGCCCGGAGAUAUGGAUUGCGCAGGAGCUGCGGCGUAUUGGAGACGAGUUUAAUGCAUAUUACCCAAGGAGGGUUGUUGUGAAUAAUUACCAAGCAGCUGACGCCCAGCCCCAAAUGAUCAUCUUACGACUGUUACGUUACAUCGUCCGUCUGGUGUGGAGACUGCAGUGACACUGGGUUCCGUGCGGAGCCGAGACGUGUGCAGACAUUUCACUUGUUGAAGCCGACAGGCCCCCGCACCACAGCCCCUGGGUGCCAUUGCCGUGCAGCCCGCAGUUCUCUUCCAGAGAGGGCGUGCGGAGAGGCCGGCCGCCACGUUCCCGAAGACACCGAGCUGCACGUGGACUCGCCCUUGCUUUUCAUCACCACAUGGCAGAAUUUCGAAUGGAAGUUUGUUGUGAAUGUAAAUGAGGGAGGAUUCUUUUUUCCAAAAGAAAAAAUGUACAAAUCAUGGUUCUUCGGAGCAGGAUUUUAUGCAAGAAUGGUGUUUACAUGCAGUGUGGGUUUUUCCCACCUUCUUUAAUAAGAACAGGUUUUUCAAAAAGGAAAUGGAAACUUUUUAACCAACUUGUGAAUGAGUUUUGUACUAAAAAUUUAAGAACUAUUGCCUACUGUCAGAGGAUUAUGUAAACUCUACAGUGGAAGCCGAGCCAGCUAACUUAUAAAGCUGCCUUAGUUUAUUUUUAGAGGUUACUGUACAGAAUUUUUAAAUGGGAGAGGUAUGAUAUGGCCCCUUCCUUCCCUGCCAUUGCCUCUUUGACCUAUUUUUUCAUUAUUAUUAAUACCAAAAAAGUUCUUAUGAAACAGAACUGAUGAAAGGGGCCAAAGGGUUUGUUAUCAACCUGCUUUGGUAUGCCACUCCUGUCUUGUAAAUACUUACCUCCUUAAAUUCAAUUGCAUCUGUGGCAAUAUUCCAGACUCUGUGUGUUUUUCCUUAUGUUCUUUGUGAUGCUCCUCUGGUCUGCACAAAUUUGGUCCAGUGUGUCAAAAUGCGGUUGUGUCAGAAUGUGAGUUGUUAUCUGCCUAUAUCAUCCAUGGCUCAGUUGGUCUGUCUGUUGGUAGCUUACUCGCUGGGAAGAUCUUGGUGUUGGUUUUCCUUGCUUUUUGAUGGGCUUGUCAUUUAGAAGUGUUUCAAAGAGGUAAUAGCAGUAGUAACAGAGUAUUAUGCCCCUUUACGCUGUUGACUUCUCCGGGUUCAGGCUGUCCCAUAGUCACAGGAUGCACUCUCAGCAUAAGGUCCUGGAUGGUAACAUACCCACUUGCAGCUAAGUUCGGCUGUAGGUGUGCGAGCCCUCGUGGGAAUUGGCACAGGCAAUGGGCUUGAAGCGGCUGUUUCCCAGGCAUCCUGGCCUUUCCUCCAACUCAGAGUUAUCUGGUCUUUGAUGCCUGACACUUGGUUCAGACUCCUCUCAAGUCCCCUUGAGGAUUUAGCUUUCAGCAGGACCGUAAGAAAACUCCAUUGGGCACAAGUCUGAAAUGGUCCCUCAACCUUCUGGCAGGCAGCUGGUUUACUUGCUCCGUGUCUCUUGGGACAGUUGGACUUUGCAGGCACCCUCCCUGCAUCUGGUUCUGUGAGGAGUCCUCUUCCUCCGCACCUGCCUGUGAAGAUUGCAGCGAGUGGGAAGCCCAUGAGUUGGUCAGUCAUUUCAAAGGCAGUUCAACAACUGGGGAGACCCAAGAAGGAGACAGAGUGUAGGGCUCAGUGAGAGACGGGGGAUGGAGAUUGUUCUGUGAACCCUGUAACUCUUACAGUUGUUGAAACCUCAGAUCACUAAAUGGCUUUUUAAAAGAAAUAUGUGAUUUUUCAAACAAGUCAACCGUUUCAGCAACUAUCGUGUUUGCAUUUGGCCCAUUGAGGACCAGUGUUUUCACGUUACUAAAUUAAGUGGAAAAAUCCAUUCAUUUGUACCUUCCUAAUUUUAUAUGAAUAUAUAUUAUAUAUAUUGCAAAUAUACUUCUUCCUUUAGGUAGAGAUAUUUGAUUCCAAAUAUUCCUUUUUUAAAAUGUUCCUUUCCCCAAAUAUCUUCUUGGGGUCUUGAAUAUUUUUAAAGCUGUGUCGAGUGUCAGCUUGUGUUCCUGACGGGUCUUGAAGCCCUCGGUAGGGCCGUCAAGUCCACAGGGCUGUGGGGUGGUGGUAGGAUGGCAGCGGGGACCUACUGGACACACACACCAAAGAGGUAUUUGGUUCUGGGCCCCUUCUCACCCAGGACCUCCGUACUCAUGUGCCAGUCUCUCUGACUGGAGCACUUUACUCUGUUUCUUCAAUCCUGCGGCUCCCCGGAAGCGCAGGACGCAGCCCCGGCUGGCGUCGCAGGGCUGUGUGCUCGCCACGUGCGCAAGUUUACCUCUGGCUCGGUGGCCUCCGGGCCUCCAGGCUGGCCGUGGAAGCAGCUCGUGAGGAAAUAAGAGGUUCUAUGAAUUGUAGAAGUAUUAAAGAACAGGAUGUUGCACCAGGAUUUCGGAGAGAUGACUGGAUGUCUCUGUACUGUACGUGUCUGUUUAUCGAGAUGCCUCUCUGCGAAAGUGUACCUCCUGGGGUAUACCUUUUACUUUGUAUAUUUUAUUUCUUUUAUAUUUUGUAGAAAAAAAUAACGAUCCCUUUUUGGAAACGUAAUGCGGGUUUUGUGCCUUCACCACCUCUUCUCACGUGAGGUAGAAAGUGUCCUGUGACUUAUCACAGAAAUGCAAUAAACACACACAAAAUUAACUUCAUCAAUGAUUUGUCAAAUGAUCUGGACUCCUGCCUAGAAAUGAGUUCAUGAAGAACUUUUUUUUUGGUUGUGGAGAAACCAGGUAAAAAUUCCUUCUGAUGAAAGAAAAUGUAUAUGGCAAAAUACAACCUUCUCCUGUUUCCCCUUCUUGAUGUUGUAUAUAUUUUGACUAUUUAUUAGAUUAGGAAGUCAUAUUUUACUUAUCAACUGAGCCAAAUGUCUCUGUGCAAUUGUGUUUCCUUUACUUUUCCUGUAAAAUUUUGUACAGCCUAAAUGAGUAAAAAUCACUGUUUUUACUAAACUUUUUCAGAAUUGAGGAUUGUAAAUAUUGUAGAUUCUUUUUCUGUGUAAUGUGUCCUACUGUUUCAUAAUGCUGUAACUUGUAGAAAUAUUGUAUAUUUAUUUCUUGCUUAUUUAAUGUCUUAAGUUCUGAGAAGUGUUGACCUCCCGGACCCCACCCCUUGCUGUCCCAUUAAUUGCUUUAGCUCUGAGGUGGUGACUGGUCAGCUGUCUGCAGGCUAUGUGGUCUUCCCAGGGUGGCCCUCCAGCUUUGGUUCCUGGUACUUCUGGUCAAAUGAGUUUAAAUUCUUGGGGCUUGCUGUCCUUAUGAUGAAGUUCGUGUUUAGACUCCAGUGAGAUCUCGACUGUAAAUCUGGCAGGCUACAAAAUUCUAAUCCAGGAAAUACCCGGUGACUUUCUUUUUGUUCCAAAAUAGCUAGUUUCUCGUGGAGGCAAAUUAUAUUAACUCCAGGCCAUAUCUUUUUAAAAAAAAAAAAAUGUAUUAUGGGCACUUGGGAUGGAUUUUCCUGUUGAAAAUUUAUCCCUGACAACUAGCGUUCAGAGAAAUAAAGCGUGCCCCUUCUGGAGGUGCUGCCCUGAGAGUGUUCUGGGCGAGGGCCAGGCAGGGUGAAGGCACAGGUGGGAUGCGUUGCUCCUGCUUGGAGAGCAACCUCAGGACCACCUCAUGCCACUAACCCCCUCUUGGCGACUGGUGAGUCGUUGAGUUUUGCCCACCCUCUGUGUGGCGUCCUGUGCUGUGAGGUCUGGACUAAAUUGGCUGUCUUCAGGAGCUAAUCGUGCAGCCCCCCAGCCGGGAACCAUUUGGUCCCUGCGUUUGAUCAGCCUGCUUCUUCAGGUCGAUGCCCUCCUUUUGCUUUUGCAUCGCCUUCGAGAGAGGUCGGGAGCCCCGCUGGACUGGGUGUUAAGAUGUGAGAGCUGGUGGAAGCUUUAGAGAGACUUCCUAGUGGUUCCGUGUGGAUGGUUCUGUCAUCCUGCUGAUUUAGCCUGGUGCCUGUGUGUGUCCAUUUCAUGCACACGUGUGUGCAGGGAUGUGCCCACACGUGACGCUAAACCAGCUGGGGUUACUCCUGUUCUGCUCCAAAAGGCAUUGUGUGCAAGAAGCGUCCUCAACCUCCUUGCUAAGUACCUUGACUACUUUUAUUUGGGAAUUUCAGACUUUAGAACCUGUCUUUUUAUGUCCAGGUCCUGUGACUCAUCAGGUACUCAUUUAUGAACAGCACUGAUCUGUCUGUAUCCUGCCCCAUCACUAACUUCAUUCCUAGGACCCAGCGUAUGUAGCAUCUAUAUCGCGGUUUCCCUGGCUUACUUGUGUUUGCACUGAUGAAUUUUGACAGGGUAAUUGCCACUUUACUUGUGCAAUACUGCUGUAAAUAACUGCAGAUUUUUUUUUUUUAAGAAACGCAAUCUUUUAUGUUCUUAAUGAAUUUUAUAUAAAUAAAACUUUGAACUAGU